CUUCAUCUUCCUUAUGCUAACCUUCACUCUAACAAACUCAGAAAACAACUCUCCUUUCCAUUACACCUACAAAGACCUAAGCUAGCUAGAGACAGAGAGAAGAAUGGCUUGUGUGGUUGUACUUUCUCUUAUGAGGACGCUAGAGCUUGAGUUCUUGCAAUCUCUGCCUCGUCCAAUUCUACAACAAAACCAACUUAUCCCCUGCAACAAAGACUUGGUCCUAUCUCUCCACAAGAAGCUUGGAAUUCUUAUGGAACUAUUCGAUGAGAAUAGAAUGGAUGGUGUUGAAGCAAUAAAAGACUUGGAAACAAAGCUCAGAGAUGUAGUGAACAUGAUUGAGGAUGAAAUUGAACUCCAAGUACUACAUCUUUAUGAGGAAGAAAGAGAGGAAGAAGAAGAGGAAUUCAGAAUUUUUGCAGGAAUUUUUGAUAUUUUUGACAGAUUUGUGGAUCAGUCAUUUCGGCCACCGGAAAAUCACAUUUACGUGGAAAUGCCACAAGGGAAUGCCGGUGAGAAAAGCAGUACUCAUCAUUGCCAGAGGCUUCAUCAAAUUUUGCAUCCGCUAAGGGGAAAAUCACAUCCUUGUUUCAAAUUUCAUCGUAUUUUGCAUCGAGCUGUACAAGACAUUGAUGCCAUCACUAAAGAGUUGGCGAAAGCAAAGGAGGAGUACCAGCUUUUCAAACAUCAUCUACAAGCAGGAACGAAGCAGCCUGCCUCCCUUCAUGUUUUACCAAUACCUACUCAUCAAGGUAUCGCCAUGCCUGAUUCUUCCCACACUGCUUCACACAUCAAGGAAAUAAUGGUUGGAAAACAGGUUGAAUUCGAGAUUAUAAAGGAGAAGCUAAUCCAACAUCCUUCUAAGCAGCGAGAAGUUGUCUCAAUUAAAGGUAUGGGAGGUAUUGGUAAGACAACAUUAGCAAAGAAAAUUUAUGAAGAUCCAUCAAUCACUGACCACUUUGAUAGGCGAGCAUGGACUGUCGCAUCACAACAUCAGAGUAAGACGCAAAUGCUUUUAGAUCUUCUUGGUUACAAAGACGAUGCAGACAAAAGCAGUGAUGACGACCCAGCAUUACGACACAACAAGAGCAAAUGGAGGGUUGAUGACCUAGCAUUACAACUCUACCAAAGUUUCAAGUGUCGAAGGUACUUGGUUGUGAUAGAUGACGUAUGGAGUGUAGAGGCAUGGGAUGCUCUCAAAACUUGCUUACCCGAUGAUGGAAAUGGUAGUCGAGUAUUGUUGACUACUCGCCUUGCUGAGGUGGCUAAUCAUAUCUGCACCCAAAAUGACUUUUCUCAUCAAAUGCAAUUGUUAGAACAAAGUGAGAGUUGGAAACUAUUUAAUGAAAAGGCAUGUAAAUUUCGCGGUGCUGAAUUUGAAACGAUUGGGAGACCGGUAGUUGAAAAGUGCAAAGGACUGCCUUUGACAAUUAUUGUGGUUGCAAGCUUUUUUUCCAAACUCAACACUCUAGAUGAGUGGAAGAAUGCUGUGAAUGCUCUAAGUUCUUCUUCUGCAACUACUCUAGAUGAUGAAGAAUGUUCGAGAAUAUUCUUAUUGAGUUACAAUCAUUUGCCCCACAACUUGAAAGCUUGUUUCUUAUACUUGGGAGUUUUUCCAGAAGAUCACAAGAUCCAAGCUAAUAUUCUUGCAAAGUUAUGGCUUGCUGAAGGACUCAUAAAGACACUUGAGAAUGGAAGCUUUGAUGCAGUGGCUAACGAGUACAUACAAGAACUUAUGGAUAGAAACCUAAUAAUUUUAAACGAGAAAAGCUAUUGUGGAAGAAAAAUUAAUAGCUUUAGGAUGCAUGAUUUAUUGCAUGCUUUUUGUGUGAGAGAAGCUCAAAAGGAGAACCUUUUGCAUGUUGUCAAGAGUGAAAAUAGUUCUUAUUUUCCUCAAAAGGGUUUUCGCUGGGUAAGCAUCCAAUCUGUAGAUUUUAACAUGUCUACAAUACAACAUUAUACUUUGAAAAGCUAUAGAUCCAUCUUCAGUUUUUUGCAGAGGAUACCAUUUUCAAAUUUUAAAAAGCGCAAUCUAGUAAGAGUACUAUUCUGUGUUGAUAUGAGUGUCAGGAUAAUAAAUAUUGUGGAUAUUGUCCAUUUGAGAUUCGUAAGAGUUAGAAAUGAUAUAGAACUGUCCAGGGCUCAGGGAUUCCGAAAGUCAAGAUGUAGAGGAAGUUUAGAAUUGUCAAGGUCUUGGAAUCUUCAAACACUUUAUUGUUGGGGAAGUGUAUUAUAUGGAUUUGAUGGAGGAAAUUAUUCGGACUUUCCAGAACUACACUAUAUUUGUUGCAAGGACGAUUUUCGUGGAAAUCCUCCCAAAUUUGUGCAAACCUUUUAUCAGAUCAGAGCUGAAGAUUGCUUAGAAGAAUACCUUACCAAUAUUCCAUGCUUGAAGACGGUACAUAUUGUAUGCGAAGGCAACGAGAGUAAUACUUACAUUGCGAACUUAGCAUAUUUAGAGCAGCUCGAAGGACUUUGGAUUACAGGUAGAUGUGAAACACAUAUUCCAAUUACUAAUGAUAUUGUUCUCUUGAAAAACCUUAGAGUGUUGGCAUUAAUUGGUAUGGGAUUUGAGUGGGAGAAAAUUAAUACUCUUAGCAAGUUGCCUAGGCUAGAGGUGCUCCAGUUACUAGGGAAGUCAUGCCUAGGCGAAGAAUGGAAAAUACAAGAGGAAGUGAUAUUUUGCCAAUUAAUUGCUUUACUUUUCAUUGAUUGUGAUCUCAAGCAUUGGAAAGCCAGUAGUCAUAAUUUCCCAAAACUUGAGCACCUAUAUCUUUGGCAGUGCCAUAGAUUGAGAGAGAUCCCAAUUGACUUUGCUGAAAUUUCAACAUUGAAGUCAAUCAAUUUAAGGAAGUGUCUUCCUUCUGCUGUGGAAUUAGCCAAGAAAAUUCAGGAUGAGCAACGUGACUAUGGAAACACCGAUAUGGUUGUUAUUGAGGAAUAUACAUUGCAAGUAUGUUUCGAAAUCUGAGAAAAGCCUGAGUGAAGAAGAACCAGAAGUGGAUAGCUGAUAAUUGAUACCUUGUAUUCACUCUUAGGCAAAAGA